AGUUGAAAAUGUAUCGGUUAAUCAUCAUGAAAGUAACUGUUCCAUUAGCUUAUUAUUGAAUUUAAAACAUGUUGUCAUUUCUACUUUACUUACUGAUUACACCAAACCCACUAUGUUUACUGAAUCUAUUGAACCUCUUAUGCUUACCAAAUUUACCGAACCUAUUAUUAAUAUAGAAUCUAUUGAAUUUACAAAAUCUAAUAAAUCUACUAAUACAGAAUCUACAGAAUCUAUUGUUUUUGUUGAACCUACUACUUCUGCUUUUGUACCUAUUGUAUCAAUUGAAUCUGAUGAAAUAUCAAUAUCUACAACCAAGUCUACUAAAUCAAUAUAUAAAAGAACUGAAUCUAAAGCAACAUCUAGAAGAAUCAAAUCUAAUACCAUAUCUAAAAAUCCCAAAUGA